AUGCCCAGCGUAGACGAAAUCACCAACGGUGUCGACGAGCUCGACUUUGUUGACGAUGCCGACAUCGACUUUUCCGACAUUGAACAAAAGUACUCGGUCAAGUUCGACGAAGGCCUCGACGAUGUCAUCGUUAUUGAGGGCGUCCCCGUCAUCACCGAGUCGCGUCAACAGAAGCUGUUCGAGACGAUUCAGAAACGUUUCAAGACGCAUGCCAACAUUGACAUUGCCGUUGAGGGCAUGCACAUCCCUUAUGCCGAUAACGGAGAGUCCAAGGGCUACAUCUUUGUCGAGAUGGCUUCUGCCGAAGAUGCCGCUCAAGCCAUCCGUCAGAUGGACGGCUACGCCUUUGACAAGAAGCACCGCUUCUCUGUCCAUCGAUUCACCGACGUCGAGAAAUUCGCCAGCCUUUCCGAGACCUACGAAGAGCCUCAGGAGGAAGAGUUCAAGCCUCGUGAACACCUUCGCUCCUGGCUAGCUGACCCUGCUGGUCGUGAUCAGUUGGUUAUCUGCCGUGGUGACGACGUAGAGAUCGCUUGGCACAAUCGCUCAUCGGAUCCUCAGGUCGAGCACAGCCGUCCUCGCUGGACAGAAAGCUACGUCCAGUGGUCGCCCCUCGGUACUUUCCUCACCACCUUCCACCGUCAAGGUAUUCAGAUCUGGGGUGGACCCUCAUGCGAGCGCUUCAUGCGUUUCCCUCAUCCCGGAGCGCGUCUGGUCGACUUUUCUCCCAGUGAAAAGUACAUGGUCACCUGGUCGCACGAGCCUAUCCAGGUUCCCGACAAUGCUCCCAUCGGUCCUCAGUUCUUUGGUCCCGAAGACGAGGGCAACCGCAUCGCCGUCUGGGAGGUCCGAACCGGUCACCUCUUGCGUAGCUUCCCCGUGCCUCAGGACGAGAGCGGCCAGCCAGGUCAGCUCAAGGGCUUCUCCUGGCCCUUCCUCAAAUGGAGCCCCGAUGACAAGUACUGCGCUCGUCUCAACCCGGGUCAGGCCAUCAGUGUAUACGAGACCCCCUCCAUGGGUCUGCUCGAGAAAAAGUCGAUCAAGAUCGAGGGUGUUGUCGACUUUGAGUGGUGUCCCAUGGGCGACAAGGAUCGCGAGCUUGCCGAGGCUGCUAAGCCUAACAAGAAGGCCAGGGACAACAUGAUUGUAUACUGGCAGCCCGAGGUGGCCAACCAGCCUGCACGUGUCACUGUCAUGGCUGUACCAUCAAGAACCAUCCUGCGUUCCAAGAACCUCUUUAAUGUCUCGGAUUGCAAGCUGCACUGGCAUCCGCAGGGCGACUACCUCUGUGUCAAGGUCGACCGACACACAAAGACCAAAAAGUCCAUGUUCUGCAACCUCGAAAUUUUCCGCGUGCGAGAAAAAGAGUUCCCCGUCGAGGUUGUUGAGCUCAAGGACGCUGUCACUGCUUUUGCGUGGGAGCCGUUCGGAACCCACUUUGCCCUUAUCUCGAGCAAUGACCCCCAGCUCGGUACACCGGCAUCUGGUAUCACGAUCAAGACGCAGCUCAACUUUUAUCACCUCCACCCCAAGGGCGACUUCCGUCCGCUCAAGGUGUUUGACAACAAGACAGCCAAUACGCUCUUCUGGUCGCCUCGUGGUCGUCACAUCGUCGUCGCAACGCUCGGCAGCUCGCAAAAGUUUGAUCUUGAGUGGUACGACGUCGACUUCAUGCAUGAAGUCCGACAGGGCAACCCCUCGGCUGAUCCAGCUGACGAUGUCAAGCUUAUCGGCACGGGUGAGCACUACGGGAUCACUGACCUCGAAUGGGACCCCUCAGGUCGCUAUGUAGCCACUUCGGCUUCGGUCUGGCGACACUCGCUCGAAAACGGCUUCGCCAUCUGGGACUUCAAGGGCCAGGAGCUGCAAAAGCAUAUCCAGGACCGCUUCAAGCAGAUCCUUUGGCGCCCGCGACCCCGUACGCUUCUUGGUAAAGACGAGCAGAAGAGAGUGCGCAAAAACCUGCGAGAAUACUCCAAGCAGUUCGAGGAGGAGGACGCCGCCGAGGAGUCCAACCUUGCUUCGGCCGAGCGCGAACUGUACCAACGCAUCCUGGAGGAGUGGAAGGCAUGGCGUGCACGAUCCCGUCGCGACCUCGAGCAGCUGCGCGCAGAUCUUGGUCGCGAGGAGGUCGGCCAGAGCGUCGACCACGCCAAGAAGCUUGCCGAGGAGGCCACCGAGGAGGUGCAAGAAUGGAUGGAGGAGAUCAUUGAAGAGACGGAGGAAGUGCUCGCCUAG